UUGCAGCCCCCCAGUUGUGCAGCAAGUGAGCAGGGAAAAGGGGACUUGAAACUAGGACAGAGCAGUCUGGCCCCUUUCCCUUCGAACCACAGGCACAGAUUUGCGACAGGGAGAGAGGACACCAGUCUGAGGCAGAGAGAGAAAAGGAGAGGAGACUUUGUGGGAGGCUUGCUGCAGUCACUGAGGGAAGAAGCCCUGGGACACAGACUAGUGUGUUCACAUUGCAGAAAUAAUUUAUAGUUUUUUUUCUAUCAUUUUUAUUGUAUCAGGGAGGAAAAUAUUACUGAAGAGAAAUCUCAUCACCUGGAAACAUGCACAAGCGCACAAAGAUAAAGAUUGCCAUCUUUGUGCUGCUGGUGGGCAUGGCUUGCAUGUUCACGGCGGUGGUAACGGACCACUGGGCAGUGCUCAGCCCAAAGGUGGAGAAAGUCAAUGAGACCUGCGAGGCGGCCCACUUCGGCCUGUGGAGGAUUUGCAAGAAGUCCAUUUACAUCAGCUCAGAAAACUACAAGGAGGGGCAUGGCUGUGGACCCAUCAGCCUGCCUGGAGAGGAAAACUGCACCUACUUCAGACACUUCACUCCAGGGCAAGAUGCUGAGAUAUUUGAAUAUAAAACACAAAAAGAGUACAACAUCUCGGCUGCAGCCAUCUCCAUCUUCAGUCUGGCCUUCAUCAUCCUGGGCUCUCUCUGUUUGGUGGGAUCAUGUACCGGUAAAGGCAAAGGAAGAGACUACCUCCUCAAACCUGCUGGCAUGUUUUUUGCAUUUGCGGGUCUCUGUGCCUUCAUCUCACUCGAGGUGAUGCGUCAAUCAGUCAAACGCAUGAUUGAGAGCGAGGAAACAAUCUGGCUCGAAUACUACUACUCCUGGUCAUUCGCAUGUGCCUGCUCAGGCUUCGUCCUCCUCUUCCUCACUGGCAUCGCCCUCCUGCUUCUCUCCAUGCCGCACAUGCCCAGGAAUCCAUGGGAGACUUGCAUGGACGCUGAGCCGGAGCAGGUCGAGUGAUAGCCAGACAGACGGAUGAAUACAGGAUAUGGGGAGAGUGACUGGUGGGAGUGACUUUUUUUUUGAGUACAGAUGCUAGAUUGAUUUUGAGAACAGAAGCUGGCCAUUAAAGGGUGACGUCCUGAUGACACAAACUGGUUUGAGUGUAGAUGGACCAUAGCCAUGAUGGGAAAUUUACCUCCCUGCAAUUAUAUAGCAAUUUGAAUGUGGGGAUUUUGGCAGAUUGUCAAAUGUUUGCCUUAUACUAUAUGCCCACCCAGAGUGUAAAAAAUAGUUGUCCUUCUCUUUUGGUAUGAGAUCAGAGCUCAGAUCUGCCAUGAGGCCUAAAAACCACAAUACUUUUCAGUAACCUGGUCCAAAUACCAUCUGAAAAUACUUGUAAGCACUAUUAGUAUACUUCCAUUUUUCUUUACUAGCGGCAUAGAAAUGUUAACAAUGAUUUAUCACAUGGCACUGUCA